AUUUUGAUAUUAAUCAUGUUGAUAUAAGUAUCAAUAUUCCUUCUGUUCCUGUUGCUGGUGAUGUAUUCAAUUUAUCUUGUGUUAUAGUUGUACCUCCUAAUUUUGUUGAGAAUCUUACUAGUGUCAGAUGGACUUAUGAUCUAGAAGCAUCUCGAGAUGUGACUAGUGAAAACAAUGAUGCUACACUAGUACCAGUUGUUAGAAAUGGGGAUAUAUUCACCAGUGUACUUACACUUGAUCCAGUGAAGACAACUGAUGCUAGACAAUAUUACUGUCAAGCAACAAUUCUAGUAUUUGGCACUGUAGAUCGUACUAACAGAGAUUUAAAUGUUCAAAUACAUCCUCCCAGUGUAUCAAUACUUGCUGAUCCUCCAACUGGUCCAAUAUAUGAGAGUACAAGUUACUUACUAACCUGUACAGCUACAGUAAACACUACAAUAGUGGAUACACCAGUAACUGCUAGUGUAGUAUGGACUGAUCCUAGUGGUAAUGUAAUGUCAACUAAUCAAGCAAGACGUCAAGUGAUACCUCCAACUGGUAACAGUCUUGUAAGCAUGCUAUUGUUUCAACCUAUUGAUACUGGUUAUAAUAAUGAUGGAGGAACAUAUACCUGUCAAAUGAUCAUCAAUUCUGGUAACUCAUUAAUAGCAUCAAAUCAAGCCAGUACUACCCAUAAUGUUACUAUACAAAGUCUUCCUCCAAUAACAGUAGAUUUCUCAUCAGUUGGUUCAGUUGAAGUUGGUCAAAGUCUAACUAUAACAUGUACCAUAACAACAGUUGAGAGAUUAGUAGUAACACCAAUGAUUACUUUCUUUAAAAUGAAUGAUACAGAUAUGGAAAUGCUCUCUUAUUUAAAUAGACCAUACAGUAUCACAACAGAUGAUACUGAUUCAGUUACUAACUAUACUCUAAUACUGGAUCCAGUGAGGUUUGAAGAUGCUGGAAUGUAUACAUGUAUGGCUGAGUUUAAUGUAACUGGUUUUAAUAAUACCAAUGAUCCUAGCACUGCUACUUAUGAUUAUCAAGAGGAUAGUGAUGUCUUUACUUUAACUGUUGACUUUCCACCAGUGAUUGUUACUAUAUCAAAGGAACGUGAUGACACAUUAUAUGCAGGGACACCAUUCUUCAUUAAAUGUGACAUAAUGUUAGAUCCAUUAGUUACUAUACCAGUGACUGUCACUAAUCAAUGGACACGUGAUGGUACUAAUGUUCCUGUGGGUUUAUCUGAUGCUACUAUUACUGUGGAUCUCAAUAUGAUUAAUACAUUGCAUUAUAAUGCAACAUUAAUGUUCUAUCCAUUGGAUAAUGCUGAUGAUAGUGGAAUGUAUACUUGUAAUGUUGAAGUGACUGCUCCUAAUAGUUACAUGUAUCUCAGGAAUACAUCAGCUAGUGCUAAUACUUCUAUUGCAGUAAAUGCUGCUCCAGUACCAGUAUUAGAAAUAGUGUCUAUGGGUAUUACUGAACUUGGUGAAGAAUACAUGUUAAAUUGUACAGUGACAGUUGUUGAUAGACUCAUAGUCUCACCAGUGAUAACAUGGACUAAGAGAUCAGCUAACAGAGUUAUUAGUGUACCUCCAGUUCUUAUGACAGUAUCUAAUGUAAUGAGUUCUCUUUAUUUGAACUUCUCUUCUCUCAAUACUUCUGAUGCUGGUCUGUAUACUUGUGAAGCCUCCAUUAAUGUUAGUCAGAUAUCCAUUGUAGCAAGGA